AUGAGUUUCGCGGGUUCUUUGAUAUUGACCGGGUUAGGUGGGGUAUACUACAAGUUCAGCAGGGACCAGCACUUCAAACCUCUGGAGAUUGCUCAAAAGGCUACUAUCCAGGAUGCUACGAGCAUAUACCAGAGACAAUUGGUGAAACUGGCCACACGGUCGGCCCAAGUGUCGGCAGUGAUAGCUGAUGACCUGUUCACUGGUAAUAUGUUUGUAUACCCUUUUAAAGGGAUGUAUGAAUUGUACUCAAACUUCAGAGAUUAUGCGGCCUCGACAACUGCACUGUUCUCACUUUAUCUAGUAAGUUACGCGAUAGUGACAAUGGUCUACUGGGCAACUAUCACCCCAGUAUAUACGGCACUAUUUAUCGUGCUGGGUCCCUUUGGUAUACUAAUCGCGUGGAUACACUCUAUCCUACACACAAAUAUGCUUACUAUGAUGUUUCUGAGAGUAUCGCACUUGAAUGAAGGGUUGGUGAAAAAUUGCGUUGAUGCAAAUGGAUACCAGAGUUUGUUCAGACACACACCGAUUAAGUACCAAGUCUCACCAUCUACACCUUACUUUUGGUAUUUCCAUCUAACUAAAAAACUAUCAGAAUACCUAACAGGCUUGAUCAUCUUAGUUUUCUUACUAAUCAUAUCAUCAAUUCCAAUUGUUGGACCAUUCACUUUCCAUUUCCUUGUUUCCCCAGCAUUGUCUAGAGUAUAUUUUUCAAAGAUGCUAAGAUUGAAAGGCUUAAGCAAUAUAGAGAGAUACGAAAGAAUUUAUCAACACCCUGGCCAGUAUACUAUGUUUGGAAUCACAGCAGGCUUUUUGGAUUCCUUCCCAUUCUUAGCAGGCAUUUCACUAUCUACCAACAUAUUGGGCGCCACACUACUAGGUAUCGAUCAGCUUACUACUUACAGGUGA